GUAACGCGAUGACUUUUAAUGAUGAGGGAAAACUUUUGCGGGGUGUGGUGUGGAAUGAUGUAUGUUGUCUUUGAGUUUUGAAUGAAACAAGAAACAAGGAAAAGUGCAAUGUGAUUGUGAUGUGACUAAUAUAUCGUGUAAAUAGUGAAAUGAAGGAAAAAUUAAGAAGUUAAUUUUCAACUUGUUUAUGUUUGUCGAUCUUAUUUCGUACCGUUUUUUUUUCACUACAAUGUGUUUACAUGCAUUUGUGAAUUCACUAUAAAAAUAUUGAAACUAUGGCUAGUGAGAAAAAACAGUGGGACUCGAGCCAAUUAAGAAAAUACGAUUUGAACUUGGAACAGAUACCGAGAUUACACUACAAAGACCCUAAAGUUGAUGAACUUAUUAAAGCAAAUUUACCUGUUUUAAUCUCCGAUUCAAAUAUUGUAAAACCAGCUAUAGAUAAAUGGACAUUAGAAUAUUUAGAACGAAAUUUAGGACAUGCAGGACAUACCGUGUAUGUCUCCCGAAAUCAUAAAUUUAAAUUUUUUGAUGACAAAAAAGUUUUGUCUAGAAACAAUCCAAAAGGAGUUGAAUUUACACCACCCACAAAAAGAAUUGAAAUGAAAGUAUCUGAAUUUAUAAAAAGACUGCGAGAAUGGAAACGUGGCGAAGAAAGGGUGUACCUUCAACAAAUGCUUAAUUCAACAGUAGGACCAGCAAUCGUGGAAGAUUACAUGAAAUUUGACUGGAGGUAUGUGGUAGAAAAGAAAAAUAAACAUAACUGGGGCGAGCUAACAUCAAAUCUUCUUUUUAUUGGAAUGGAAGGUAAUGUGACACCUUGCCAUUAUGAUGAACAACAAAAUUUCUUUGCGCAAAUCCAAGGCUAUAAAAGGUGUAUAUUAUUUGCGCCCGAUCAAUUUGAGUGUUUAUAUCCACACCCAGUUCAUCAUCCACAUGAUAGACAAAGUAUGGUCGACUUUGACCGACCCGAUUUUACAAAAUAUCCUAAAUUUAAAAAUGUAAAAGGAUACGAAACAGUCGUAGAACCUGGUGAUGUUUUGUAUAUUCCAAUAUAUUGGUGGCAUCAUGUUGAAUCGUUGAUGCGAGGCGGCCCUACAAUAACUGUAAAUUUUUGGUAUAAGGCUGGACCUACCAACUUAGAAUAUCCUCUGAGGGAUCAUCAAAAGGUCUCGAUAAUGAGAAACGUGGAAAAAAUGCUUUUAGAGGUGUUGCAGGACCCUAAAGAAGUCGGCCCGUUACUUAGAGCCAUGGUAUUAGGAAGGUACAACGAGUAAAUUUUUAGUUGUCACUUAUCUAUGUUUAGAACUUUGGUGGUCUUAAAGGGAAUGUUUUAAUCUGUGAUGAUUAAAGUUUAUUUACCGUAUUUAAAAAAAAUAGUUUUUAUAUUAUAUAUUUAUUGCCAAUUAUUUUAUUAUAAAUGCAUUUGUAUAAACAUAGUAUUUCGCUCAUUAUUAUUUUUUAGUGUAAUAAGGUUUAUUUUAAAAUGUAUACUUUAUAUUUCAGAACUGUAUGUUGUUAUUGCAAAAUUAUUUGUACUAAUUUGCAUUAUUUAUAUUAUUAUUGUAGCAUUUGAAAAUAAAAAGUAUAUUUCAAAGGAUUUUACAAUGAUUACGUGUAGGUGUGAUGAAAACGUUACGAUUCCUUCCGAGGUUCACCUACUUGAGAUUAAACACAUAAGCAUCUUGGGAAUUUUGGUUAUUUUAAGAGAUACAAGGUCUGUCAAAUUACGACAAAAUUGUGGAAUUUGAUAACGAAUAACAUAUUGUAAAUCUGUGAAUUCUGAAUUGUAAUACUAUUUUCAAUUUCAGCCCAAGCAAUUUUCAAUUAUAACUUUUUAUUUUAGGUUGCAAAUAAAGAAUUAAGUAAUUCUUCAUGUUUGAUGAAAACGUACUUGAAUUCUUCGUGACUAUUGCGGCAGUUUGU